CCCUUUCUCUCUCUAUAUAUACCUCUUGUUCCCUGAUUCGGUAUGAACUUCAAUCGUAUGGACAGUGUGCAUCGUAUGAAAGUGGAUGCACAACUCUUUGGGUCGAACGUCAGGGAGUCCAAGAGCUUCACCAAUAUUAAUAGGAAUGGCAUCAAAGCCGAAUUUGAGCCAGAAGAAACGAUUUGCGAUAUGAUCGACUCAGCGGACACUGAUAAGCCGGAGACCGAUAAUGAGCUAAGUAAUGAAAUUUCGGCACCAUAUGAAGUACCCCAGUUCCCGAUUGAGCAGAUUGAGAAGAAAUUACAAAUACAGCGCCUGCUAAAUGAGAAGCAAUCGACAUGUCAACGCUCGGCUGCGCCCAUUACAGCAUCGCCGCGACGCAGCAGCUCAGACUCGGAGGGUCUGACAGAGCCGGCGGUACCGAAACGUACAACAGAUGCUGACAUUAAUUUUCAGCGUGUCUCUGUCUCCGGCGAGGAUACGAGCGGCGUGCCACUAGAGGAUCUAGAGCGUGCGUCGACGCUACUUAUCGAGGCACUCAAGCUACGUGCCAAAUAUAUGCAAGUGUCGGAUCAAUCGUUCCCAACCACCACAGCACGUUUCCUUAAGACGGUGAGUCUGAAGGAUCGCUAUGAGAAUGUGCCAGUCAAGUCGGUUUCAGACAUAAUUCGCAAACAGAGUAUGGCGAACUAUACAGAGCAUCACACACUGAUGUCGCCCCUAAAAUCGAGACAUGCCUGGGACGUCGAGUUCGUGCCAGAUGAAUCGUAUUUCAUAAAGCCAGUGAAUGGAGUCUUUCACAUCUACAACGAUAAGGAAUGCACGAGUGAACUGGACUUUUCGUAUCCAGAUAUGAAUCAGUUUGUGAAUGACAUGCAGGUCAUGUGCAAUAUGAUAGCCGAUGGACCACUGAAAUCAUUUUGUUAUCGUCGCCUUUGCUAUUUGUCGUCCAAGUACCAAAUGCACGUUUUGUUGAAUGAGCUACGCGAAUUGGCCGCCCAGAAGGCAGUGCCGCAUCGCGACUUUUACAACACUAGGAAAGUGGACACGCAUAUACAUGCCGCGUCCUGCAUGAAUCAGAAGCAUUUGCUGCGCUUCAUCAAGAAGACGCUGAAGAACAAUGCCAACGAGGUGGUCACCCAUACGAACGGCCAGCCGAUGACACUGGCCCAGGUCUUUCAAUCGAUGAAUCUGACCACAUAUGAUCUAACCGUUGAUAUGCUGGAUGUUCAUGCUGAUCGCAAUACGUUCCAUCGCUUUGAUAAAUUCAAUUCCAAAUAUAAUCCCAUUGGCGAGUCGCGCCUCAGGGAGGUCUUCCUCAAGACGGAUAAUUAUUUGAAUGGCAAAUACUUUGCACAAAUCAUAAAGGAAGUGGCUUUCGAUUUGGAAGAAUCGAAAUAUCAGAAUGCCGAGCUGCGUCUCUCCAUUUAUGGUAAAUCGCCCGAUGAGUGGAAUAAACUUGCCAAGUGGGCCAUCGAUAAUGAUGUCUAUAGCUCGAACAUACGUUGGUUGAUACAGAUACCGCGCCUGUUCGAUAUCUUCAAGUCGAACAAGAUGAUGUCGUCAUUCCAGGAGAUAAUAAAUAACAUAUUUCUGCCGCUAUUCGAGGCGACCAACAAGCCAAGUGAAAAUGCAAAUUUACAUCGUUUCUUAAAUUACGUGAUUGGCUUCGAUUCCGUGGAUGAUGAGUCCAAGCCAGAGAAUCCGCUAUUCGAUAGCGACGUGCCCCGUCCGGAGGAAUGGACGUACGAGGAUAAUCCACCAUAUGCUUACUACAUAUAUUACAUGUUCGCCAAUAUGACAGUGCUAAACAAAUUUAGAAAGCAGCGCGGUCUGAACACAUUUGUGCUGCGUCCUCAUUGCGGCGAGGCUGGUCCUGUGCAGCAUCUCGUCUGUGGAUAUCUGAUGGCUGAGAACAUUUCGCACGGCCUGCUGCUGCGCAAGGUGCCGGUGCUGCAGUACCUCUACUACUUGACCCAAAUCGGCAUUGCUAUGUCGCCGCUGUCAAACAAUUCGCUGUUUCUCAACUACCAUCGCAAUCCACUGCCAGAAUAUUUGGCUCGUGGACUGAUUAUCUCACUGUCCACCGAUGAUCCGUUGCAGUUUCACUUCACCAAGGAACCCCUCAUGGAGGAAUACAGCAUUGCAGCGCAGGUGUGGAAGCUCAGCUCCUGCGACAUGUGCGAGCUGGCACGCAAUAGCGUUAUUAUGAGCGGCUUUCCACAUAACAUCAAGCAACAGUGGCUGGGACCCAACUACUAUGAGGAUGGCAUCAAUGGCAACGACAUAACACGCACCAAUGUUCCAGAAAUUCGCGUCGCCUAUCGCUACGAGACUUUGCUGGAUGAACUCUCCAACAUAUUUAAAGUGAAUCAAACCUGUCAUCAGAAGGAUGAGAAAUGAUAGAUGCGAUAUAAAAUGCAACCCAUAUAUACUUGCUAUUAUUAUUAUAUACAUUAACAUUAGUUAUGUAUGUAUGCAUAAUAAUUGUGUACUUUGAUGUGAACCGUUUCCUCUACUAAUCCAUUAUAUUAAUCCAACAGACCAAAAUUCUACAAACUUAUAUACAGGGCAUUAGCUGGCAUUAGCAACGGUAACUGCGAUUUCCAGCGAGUGCAUUGAGUAAUCUUAGCAAAUAUGUUAAACGUAUAAUUGUAUCCGUUGUAGGUAGAUUCUUAUUUUUUUCCUGAGCUGGUGCUGGUGUUGCCGCUGCAUUGCAAUUAAACUAGACAUUAUAUAAACAAAAAACAAAAACAACAAAAAAAAUCUCCAAAGUGUAAACUCUAAAUAAAACUGCAGAAUUUUAAA